AUGACACUGUGGCCCACUUGGAACGGCGAUCCGGCGCAGUUCGAGUCCUUUAGCAUUGCCUGUCGAUGGCUCGAGCAUGGCUGGAAGGACUCUGAACGCAAAAAUGCCGCUCCAAGAGUGUGGUCACGUCUUCAAGGUGCGGCCAAAGCUGUCGUGAGACACUUGGACCCUACAGAGUACGUUGGAGAAGGUGGCUUGACAAAGUUGCUUGCAGUUUUUUUGCGUGCUUCACCUUUACAACAGUUGCCUGUGCCAGAUUCUUUCCAAAGUAUUGAACGUUGGCACGCCCUUCGACGUCGUGAUGGAGAGACCAUGGCUGAGUUGUUGGUUCACGAUGAGGACUUGUGGACUGAGAUGCAGCAAGCUCUCCGUAGGGCCCGAGAUGAUCGACAGCGCAAGUCCAUUGCCACGCCAACCAGGGCGACGGAUGAGGUGUCUACUCCCUCUCAGCCUGGCAUGGCAGCCCGAUUGCUGGAGCAGGCAUCCGAAGGACGUGGUCAUCGUCGGGAUCUCCGUAAGGAAAAGCAGAACAUCCUUACACAGACCUCGAAUUCAACAGAGUUUGAAUUGGUGAAACGUGCACUUCGCACCCUCUUCGCCGAAGACGAGAGUGGUACAGUUGGCAAGCAGUCCAAAGGACCUUUUCGCCGACCCCUUCGUGGUGCCUUUUACAAUGAAGAGGAUGUUGAUGAGGGCCAUCAGUCGGCCUGGGAUGAAUGGGGUGAAUGGUCACAGGACCAGUGGUAUGAGCCCGAUGCGUGGAAUGACACCUGGUUUGAGGAGGAGCUUGAACAAGCUGAUGAACUCCAGCCGGAGGAACGCUCCGACCUUCCAGAAGAACAAGAGCAGAGAGAAGCAUAUGCACUGGCCGCUGAAGCUCAGCGGACGAUGCAAGAGGCUCGGGAAGCUGUGAGAAAGGUCAGACAGGCCAGAGGAUACUUUGCCCCGGAAUCAUCAUCCGGAAAAGGAAUGUCUCCAUCAUCACCAAUUGGGUCUAGCGGUGGAAAAGGUUCCAAGAGCAGUGCAUCCUCGAGCAGUGGCCGUUUUGGGCCUUGUUUUAUUUGUGGCCAACCUGGGCAUUCAUACAAAGCAUGUCCGGAUCGUUUCUCACCUGGCAAGUUUGGUGGGAAAGGCAAAUUGAAGUCAACAGCAGCAUACAAGGGCAAAGGGACGAGUUUUGGUGGUGGUUUUGGAAAGGGUACAGGUUCUCACAACGGCCCCAACUUCUUUGCUGAUGUCUGUUCGUUGACAUUGUUUUGGAAUGAAGAUGCCAAAGCAAACAAUCGGUACACCAAUGUGGUCAUUGACACCGGAGCCUCAGAGAGCGCAGUUGGAGCAGAGUCGUUGUCACGAUUGUUGGAGCAUGGACAGUUUGCAUAUAGCAUCAAUACAGAAGAUCGUCCCAUAUUUCGUUUUGAAAAUGUUUUGAGAAUGCAAGCUACAAGCAGGUGUGACAUUGAAAACACGGCCAUUGGAAACUUGUCGUUUUAUGUUCUUGGCGACGCAGCAUCGUCUACACCUCCCUUACUUGGCUCCAAGGCUACCAUUGCUACCAGAGGCACACUCCGAAAGUCCGCAGCAAUCAGUCAGCAUGCUGGGAAACCUGCCUCCGAUGCGGUCUCAGGCUCUCCUACACUCCGAAGAAGGAUCAUCAGGGAGAGCGCCGUCACAUGGGACCGGAUCCCCGCCUUGGAAGACAUGCAGAAACAGGGGAUGCCGGCCGAUCAGGUGACGGAGAAGUUCAUGGGACCUGGUGGAUGCCAUGAAGACAAGCCUCAAGGGACAGGCAAAUCCGAGCGAGGCGGCAGAGAUCCUGAAGACGGCUUUGGAACAGCUUGUCUCCGUCAAGAAGGAGAAGACAGAGGGCCCAGUGCUGCAAAGAAGAUGGCUUUCAAUGCAGCGCUGCUUGACAUGAUGGUUUUGAUGCCGCUCCAUAGCUUGUUUGUGCAGCUCCAGGAUCGUCCUGAUUUUCUUGAAAUUGCUUGCUCACCUCAAUCUGCCUUGUCGCAGGAGAUGACCGAUGCUGGAUUCCUGGCGAAGCGAGUGAACUACAAAGAAGGCUAUGACCUGGCGAGUCAGAAAUCGAGUGGGCAACUUUUUGAGAAGAAGAGAUCACGAGACCUCAAAAGAGCUUCAGAAGCGGUGGACGCCUUCGAACCUGUAUUGGCCAAGGGCGAUGAUCUCACGUGGGAGUGGCCGAGUUCAGCCGCUCAAGGAUGGCGUUCACAUGCCAUCAGAAAGUUGCAAUUCCUGGCUCGCAAGUACAACAGGACACUUUGGAUCAAUGUGCAACGUCGGUGCCCAGGACACACGGAGCAUGCCGAAUGUAGAGGAGCAGUUGCGCAAGCUUCCUCUUACUAUCCUCCACCGCUGGUCAAAGCAGUAUGCAAAGCCGUUCAGACUCACUUCACACGGGAUGAGGAUGCUUACCAUCUCCCACUGUCCAAAGAUGCUGAGCGCUAUUUGCUUGACAUCCCCAAGGGUGAGGUCCUACAUGAUCACGAACACCAUCGGCAACUUCGUGAUGAGGAUCCACGGGUCUUUGCCUUGACCCGCAGUCGAUUUCCGGUUGAGCCUCCGACCGGAAAGAAGCUUGAGCAGAUUAGACAACAGAUGUUGAGAGUUCAUGGAGCCGGUGCUUGCCAGGCUCCAGAGUGGGCCAUCAAGCUGGCUGGGUCAUUAGAAUGCCCGGCUUGCAUUGAAGCCAAUCGGGCAAAGCCUGCCCCAGUUGCAAGUCUGAAAGAAGCUCCUGGCUUGUUCGAGAUCCUGGGCAUGGAUUGCUUCGAGCUUGAGCACGGUGAAAGGAAAGCAAAGUUCUUCCUGAUGCGAGACAGGGCCUCUGGACUCAUCAUGACAGAGUUCUACAAGCUCUAUGGUGGCAAAGAAGGACCUCGAAUCCAGGACAUCAUCCGAGCGAUGACCAAGUGGCUCAUGGUGAAUCCAGCACCUCGCUGGGUGAUCACCGACUCCGCCACCUACUUCACCCCCAAGAAGUUUCUUGACUACUGUGGGCACUCAGGAAUUGGUGUUCUUACAGCUCCAGCUGAGGCCCACAAGAUGAUGGGCCCGGAAGAAGGGGCCAUCCGUGUGAUGAAGAGAUUGGUCAACGAAGACUUGGGUCUCUCUUUAGAAUCGUUGAUGCAACUGGCUGUUCACGGUCAUAAUCCGACCAUUGGCUCCUCAGGCUUCUCUCCAUUUCAGUUUUGA